CGUCUUACAACUGAGCGGGUUUUAGCUGAAAUUGAGCGUGUGAUUCAAUCUAAUCAUGAAUUUCGUUUGAAUGAUAGUGUUAAUGUCAAUUUAAUCCACGUUGAAAUGCCCAACGGCGGUACCGGCACAAAACGUAGCGAAAUCAAUUUAGAAAAGCAUUUGAUAAAUAAAAAGACAAUUAUACGGAUCCAAAACAAGGACGACAUUUGUCUAGCUCGUGCUUUAGUUGUUGCCAAGGCCAAACUUGAAAACGAUAGUCGAUAUUACCAUAUAAUAAAUCAUAAGAGACCGCUGCAAACACGUUUAGCUCGUGAUUUGCACCAAAAAGCCGGUGUUCCAAUAGCGACCUGUGGGAUAGAUGAAGUCAAACGUUUUCAAACUUAUUUAUCGGAUUAUCAAAUCAAUAUCGUUUCAAAAGAACAUCAAAAUUCCAUCAUUUUUUCCGGUCCUGAAAAAGACAAAAUGAUUUAUUUAUUUUUGCAUGAUAAUCACUAUGAUGUGAUUACGAGUAUGCCGGCCUUUUUUGCCAGAAAACGGUAUUGUCAUACUUGUAAAAAGGGGUAUGAUAAAGUUAUUGACCAUUUGUGUGCUGACGCAUGUAAAUCAUGUCGUUUUCCAAAUUGUCCGAUUGUUUCGUGGCUGCCUUGUGCGGAUUGUAUGCGUGUUUUUAAAAGUCAAGAAUGUUUUGAUCGACAUAAACAAACUGUAGGCAGUGCAAAAUCUAUUUGUGGUUCUUUAGUAAAAUGUCCUGAUUGUCAUACUGUUGUAAAAAGGGUAGAUUGA